AUGAAGGCUGUCCUCCUGACCCUGCUGGCCUCUGUCUUGGCCCUGCAGCCAGGUGCUAUUGGCUUCCUGACCAUCAUCAGCAAGGGCUGCAGCUCGCACUGCGUGGAAGACUGGCAGGACUACUACCUGGGCAAGAAGAACGUCACGUGCUGCUCCACGGACCUGUGCAACGCCAGCGGGGCACACGCCCUGCAGCCAGCCAUAGCCACCCUCGUGCUGCUCAUCGCACUUGGUGGCCUGCUGCUUUGGGGCCCAGACCAGUUGUCGCCUCCAGGAGGGCUCUGCUGCCGCCCAAACCAGGCAACGGUAGGGGUCGGGGCCCAGGGCUGUGGCUGUGGCUGUGGACGUGCCCUUGACUACGUGGGCUGGAGCUCUGGCCUCGGCAGGAGCAAAUGCGCGGCCCUGCAGUGCUACUCCUGCAAGACCCAGGUGAGCAACACACACUGCCGGCACGUGCAGAACUGCACCCAGAACGAGACCCAGUGCUGGACCGAGCGCAUCCGUGAGUGCCCGCUGCCCCCGCGCCACCCUCCCCCACUGGAAGAGAUGAAACACCCCAGGUGUAGGCCUCCGCCACUGAGCUGUCCACGCUUCUGCCCCUCUGCCCACUAG